AUGUCUUCCGGCGCCCCCGCUAAGAAGGAGUUCCUUUGCAUUUUGCCGGAUUUCCCCGGUGCCCAGGCUAAGCGUCUGGAGGUUCGACCCUCCCACCUUGAAGGUGUUAAGCCCCUCGUUGCGGCGGGGACUAUCGUUGCCGGUGGCGCAAUGCUCGAAUCCCACCCCGCCGAAGGCGAAAUCCCCGCCUUUAAGGGAAGCAUGAUGCUCGCCCUCGCCGAGAACGAAGCCGAAGUGCGCGCUAUCCUGGAAAACGAUAUCUACGCUCACUCCGGUGUGUGGGAUUUGGCUAAUGCCCAGAUUAUCCCGUUCAAGUCUGCUGUGCGCAAAGAGCUGUAG